AUAACUUAGUAUGGUCACAAGAUGUAGCAUAUUAUAUUCAAGACAUUAGAUGAGAAGUACUAUUUAUUGAUAACAGAAGAUGUCGAAAUGCCCCAUGCCAAAUGCCAUCAACACCAAUCUUAAGUAUUCCAAAAAGAACCCCCAGCAGGACAUAGAGCUCCUGAAAAAGAUUGGGAGUGGAACAUAUGGAGAAGUGUACCAAGCUCGCUACAUUGAUGGAGGGGCAGAGACAGCAGUUAAAAUUGUAAAGAUAGAUGCUGGAGACGACUGGGCAGCAAUUCAGCAAGAGGUUAUCAUCCUCCAAGAAUGCAAACACCCAAACAUUGUGGCCUACAUGGGCAGUUACCUCAGUAAGGAUAGACUCUGGAUCACUAUGGAAUACUGCAGUGGAGGUAGUGUGCAGGACCUGUACCGAGUUAACGGACCUUUAAAAGAAGAUCAGAUCGCGUUCAUGAGCAGAGAAACCCUGAAAGGGUUGUCUUAUCUCCACAUGAGGAACACUGUACACAGGGACAUUAAGGGAGCCAACAUCCUGUUGACUGUAUCAGGAGCUGUGAAGCUCGCAGAUUUCGGUAUUUCAGCAACCAUUACUGAAACACUCGGCAAGAGGAAAUCCUUCAUCGGGACACCCUACUGGAUGGCCCCAGAGGUGGCUGCAGUGGAGACUAAGGGAGGAUAUGAUCACAUGUGUGAUAUCUGGGCAGUAGGUAUAACAGCAAUAGAGUGUGCGGAGAUGCAACCUCCCUUCUACGAUAUGCACCCUAUGAAGAUGUUAUACAUGAUGACCAAAUCUAGCUACAGAUCUCCCACUCUCAAACAGAAAAGCAAAUGGACACAGAAAUUCCACGCGUUCCUCAAAGACUCGCUAACAAAGAACGCUAAAAGGAGACCUACAGCCGACAAGCUGUUGUUCCACCCCUUCGUCUCUCAGUUCCUUGUUAGUGACACUCUUAAGUCACUUAUCCAAGGUACUCAGGCCCAGAUAGAGCCAGAACAGCCAGAAGAGGAGCCCGAACCACCAGCCCCUGAACCAGCUAAACCAUCAGCCCCCAAAAGGAUAGCCAGUAGGAAGAACGUUAAGAAGAAGACUCCACAGGACCGACCCGAGAGUAUAAUUGAUCAAGUGCCGAUCCCACAAGCUCCUCCACGUACCUCCUCCCAAGUGAGCACUACAAAAGACGCGCAGCAGCCCGGAAGUGAACCUGACGAGAACAAUAUCUACGAUGAUCCGUGGCAUUCAAUAGACAUGCUCAAACCUCCACCUCCUCCAACUGACCUCCACCUAUCUUGCUCAGAAGAAGAGUUUGAUAACUACGAUAGUGGAGACAGUGAUGAUAAAGACCCACCUACCAUGCAGCGUGCACCGCCGCCCCCAGCUGGUAACAGCACACUGCAAGGUAACGACUCAGUCCCCACUCCAAGCAGACCGCCCCGAGGAGAGGCUAAGGAGCCUGCUCCUCAGAAACCCUCUGUUCCUGUCCCUCUUCCUCCCCGCAGACCUACAUCUACUCCUCUUGCUGGACCAGUGGCUGCACUAGUAGCUGCACCAGUAGCUGCACCGGUAGCUGCACCAGUAGCAGGAGCCUCCUCUGCUCCCCCACUUCCCCCCAGAAACCCCUCUCUCAAGGGAACCUCUGCAGCUGCGGUUGCUGCUGCUGCCUCCACCCCUCCUCGUGCUCGAUUCUUCACCAAGAUAUUCAGCGGCUGCCCUCUCAACAUCAACUGUGCUGGCGUCUGGACACAUCCCAGCAAAGAGGACACAUACGUGUUACUAGGAACAGAGCAAGGAUUGUACACACUCAACACUGCUACUAAAGACGACCCUACUAUGAUUAUACUCAGUAGUAAGCGAGUUAUGUGGCUUAAUGUGUACGAUAAGAGUAACUGGCUGGUGACGAUAUCAGGAGAUCACACGUACGUGUACUCACACAACCUGCUGCUACUACAUGAGAAUGUUAAAGACGAGGAGAGACAGGUGGUGAGGAAGAAACUAAUGGCCAGCCAGAGACUUAACGAAACCAGGGGAGUCAAGAAAGCGUGUGCUGUCGUGAACCCCUACACGAAAGAGUACACAUGUUGCGUGCUGACCCCCUCCUCCUUCCUGCUUUACCUCUGGAAACCAGAUCGUGUCAGAUUUGAGUGUAUAAAGUCCCUCCCUGCUCCUGGACCGGAUUACAACCCACCUUUGUUUGAGACGAUAAUUAGGAGUGACGAACCCUUCCCCAGCAUAUGUGUAGCUGUUUAUCAAGCUGAAGGGCGGUUAGUGCUGGAGAACGUUAACAUGAACGGCAGCAGCAUGUGGGCAGGACAGCACCAAAACUCACAACCUUUACCUGUAAACACAUUGCAACAGAUUGAGAGUGACACUAUACUCGUCGGAUUCAACAAUCAGGGAACGUUUGUUAACAGAGAAGGAGUACAGAAACACUCCACCAGAACCAGAAGUGCUCUUACUUACUCUACUCCUAUAUCCUCACUUGUCUGUUUAGAGGGCGGUGUCUUAGGUUUUCAUAAGAGUGGAAUGGAGGGACGUAGUCUACAAACAGGACGUGUAGAGGCUGAGGUAAGAGAUGAUACGAAAGUGUUCCGACUGCUGUCAAGCGCGAGAAUGAUAAUUCUAGAAAGUAGAGUAGCAGCGGAUACCACUAACAGUAGCAACUUGUACGUGCUUACCUCUAGACUCAACGAGUAGAUUGAUUAUAUGAUUAGCUAAUUGACAGGUUAAUCAACCUAUAAACAGCUAAUUAGAUGUGAUGAUAUGUCUAUAGUUCAAGGCGUACUUUACCGUCAAAUGAUAAACUUGGUUCUUUUAAAGAUUCCCUAUGUUGUUUGGAUAAGGAUGAUGGUGUAAACUAUUUGAGAGCUUUCAAAAAACAUUUCAUUUGUAGAAACUACUACUUGUGGGUUAACCGAUCAAAUACUUUAAAAGCUUUUUAGUAUAAGCUUACCGUCUCCUUGUCCCAAUUGUUUAAUGUGACAUGAUAUGAAUAUGUUAUUAAAGUGUGAUGGUUAUUGUACUGCUAAUGAACAUUGAACAACCAACAUUUGUUGCUUGAAUCGUUGUACAAGUGAUUUGCACAUGCUUAUUUGUUACAGAAUUAUUCACUUUAUAACUCCAUAUUGAAAGCAUCUCAAUUCAGAGCAAGUGUCUGAUAAUGACAUUUCAAUUUCUUCCCUUUUAGAUGGCCUUUAGUUCGAACCGGCCCCGUUAGUAUAUUUCUGACUUUUCAUAUAUUGUGUUAUUUUUUAUUUUAAUCUUUUUAUCGCAUUCUGAAGUCAAUGUUACAGUCGCUUUGGAGACCAAGUCUUUGCGAAAAUCGGUUUAUUGUCUUUUUAGAUUUCGGUAAUGUUCAAAUGAAUGCAGCUAACUGUUAAGCUCAUAUUAACGUGACGUCAUAACACGUGGUGUGACGUCACAGGGGAAUACUUUAAUGUUUAGUGACGUGAUUGCGGUGAAAUAUUCAAAUUUAUUCUACGUUUGUUUAAUUUGUAA